UUGUCUGCUCGAAAAUGCUCAGCAGAUGCUUUACAAAAACUGUUGCAAGUGAAGCAAGAACGGCAAAGCAAACGCUUUCUGUGUUUCAGAAGUGCCACAGGAUGGCAGUAUUUCAAUAGAAUUCUAAUAUUAAUAAAAAAAUUUUGUUGGUCAGUGUUCUGGUUUGGUAUCUUUGGAGUAAUUAACAGCAAGAAUUGUUUUCCUGGAAUAAAGGAGACACUAUUGGUACUGUAAAAGGUUAGGAUGUUGUUUCAUUGUAUAGAAUUAACUCUUCGAGGACAGGUCUAUUGUGCCCAUUGGUAAUUGUUUCAUAUCUAUAAUGUGGGAUCAUUGGUUUAAAGGAUUAAAAUUAUUAAGGGAAAUAAGUAAAGUUAGCAGGGCAAAGUUCAACCCGCCAGAGUUCGGACUUGUUCAGGUCCACUUAGUACAUCAUCGUUUGUACUUUGAAGACCAAAUGCUUAUACCCGGCCAGUCUGCAUAAUUGUGGGCAAAGAACAAUGGAACAAGGGACUUGGAUGAAGGUUUGCACCAAAAAAUCGCAACAGAAAUGAAUCUUUCUGAAACUGCCUUCAUCAGAAAACUGCACCCUACAGAUGACUUUACUAAAAGUUCUUGCUUUGGACUCAGAUGGUUCACUCCAGCCAAUGAAGUUCCUCUGUGUGGUCAUGCUACACUUGCCUCAGCUGCUGUUUUGUUUCACAUACAAAAAAACACAAAUUCAGUUCUUACUUUUGUUACUCUGAGUGGGGAAUUAAAAACGAGACGAGAGAAAGAUCAUAUUGUCCUGGACUUACCACUUUACUCAACCUACCCACAGGCACUUGAGGAAGUAGGAGAGUUAAUAAAGGCAGCUGUUGGUGACAUGAUCGUUCAAGAUCUCCGUUAUUCUCCUGACACAAAGAAGCUCCUGGUCCGCAUCAGUGAUGCUUAUGAAAGGUCUGUGUUGGAAAAACUGCAAGUGAACGCUCAACAAUUUCUGUCAGUGGAAAAGACUGGAAAGGUGAAAGGACUCAUACUCACUCUUAAGGGAAACUCCAGUGGAAAAGAUAAAGGCCAUGAUUUUCACUCCAGAUAUUUUGCACCUUGGUAUGGAGUUCUGGAAGACCCUGUUACAGGAUCUGCCCAUGCUGUUUUAAGCAGCUACUGGUCAGAGCAGCUGGGGAAGACAGAAAUGCUUGCUUUUCAGUGUUCUCGCCGUGGAGGAGAGUUGAAGAUUUCACUGCGUAAUGAUGGAAGAGUUGAAAUUGCGGGGCAAUUUGCUAUUGUGUUGAAAGGAAACUUGACUUUAUGAAGAAACUGAUACUAACAGUUUCAUCUCUCACACCUUCAUAUUAUUCCUAUUGUGUUGAUUAUAUCUUAGUUCUAGACACUGAAUCACCACGGUCAUCAAAAAUCUUUGAUUAGUUACUGUCUGCCUUUAGAAGGUACUUGAAAACGCUCACUUCUAAUCUUCAAGAACCCUGGUAUUGUUUUCUUCACUUUCAUCUGAUGACUUCAUAUGUGCACUAAUCUCAGAAACUGUCCAAGGACAGCUCUCUUGUUUUUCUGCUCUAAAAUGAUUCUUUUAUUUGUUUCCAAAUUCCAUGUUUUAAAAGCCAUUUCUGCCUCCUGGAUUGAUCUGUAAACUUACCUGAUGGAUAAAGCAAUCAAACUUUUUCCAUGUUCAGUUAUUCUCCAUAAAAUCUGACUGUCAUCCUUCCAAGAAAAAAAUCCCCUCUGCCACAUCUUGAGAUGUUCCUCAUGUUUGUUAAUUUACUUGAAUUAAAAUAUGAAGCAAAUAUAAAAGCUUUAAAAAU